UUGUUCUAUGUUUCGCUUUUGAAAGAGAGAGAAAGAGAAAAGAGAGUGCUUUGUGUGGCACACUCCCUUUUCGUGCUUAUUUUAAACCCCAUACAGCAUAUGUCCUUCAUAUGUGUGACGCAUCACUGUCCCCUUUCUUUACGCUGUAUCGCUAAUAACUAUUUUCUGAUACUGUUGACUAUGGUUUACUUACAACGAGAAAGAACAAGGACACAUCCUUUUUUGACAUUGGUAAUCGAGAUCUUUUUCACGCCCAUAACGGGACACGCCACAACCGUCUCCCUUAUCAGUUUGCAUGAGACGAGAACGCUGCCUGUCUCUUUUUCAUGUUGUCAGAAUGGAACAGAUACCAUAUAGCCUGCAUCCUGCUGUGGCUUCGACCAAGUACUGGCAAUAAUGAAAUAUGUUGGUGUUCAUAUUAGACUGGCUGGUGCUCACUGAGUACCGCUCCUCCGACGUAUUUAUGGCGUGCUGUU